AUGAUAUCCAAAAAGACUACUACCAAGUAUAAACGGUCAACAGUAGCCUGUACUCGUUGCAGAAGAAGGAAGAUAAAAUGCAAUGGCAAAAAACCGUGCCCAAACUGUGAGGUCAGCGACUCGAAGUGCCAAUUCGAGAACGACGACCAGGUUGAGAAUAAAGAUGCGGUUAAGUUUGUCCGCUACUCUCCGGACUUCUUGAGUACCGUGGAUGCCGUAAGGUCGACUGCGCGGUCCAUUACCACGGUGGAUCCGAUGCUGGAUCCCAAUAUCACAGAAGCUCUGAAUGAGUUGGCAAAAUUAGUCCAGCAAUCAAGAACAACUAAGGCUCUUGGACUUGACUUACGCAAAGCUCAAAAUCAUGUGGGCGCGCGGAGCUUGGAGAAUCAUAUUGAUUGUGAACUUCGCGGUACUGCCCGUAAUGAGCACAAUUCCAGCUUUCCCGGCAAAAUAUAUUUUGGGUUGUACUCUCCAGCCUUUGCAACGACACCGGGAGAAGUUGCACCCCUCUAUAAAGCUCUUUUGAUCAAUGGUGAAAACGAACAAACUCGGCACACUACUCAGCUAUUUCUCAAGUUUGCCGAUAUUGCCACCUCGUAUUGGCUUAAGGUUUCGCAAUUUUACAGAUUUCCUGUUGAAAACACAAUUGGAUACAUUUUCCCAGAUCAAGACAAUACCUCGACCAUACGGAAAUAUGAGCUAUUUCUUGAUAUUAUUCCUUCACAGCUGCGUCCUACACAUACGGCUGAAACAAUAGCAACUACUUGUGUGUUACCAUCACUUGUAGAUAUAAUGGCGGCGCAAUAUGAAAAGGGCAAGGGGAUUAUAGUAUCAAAAUCCUCUGCAACGGAAAUUGCGUCAUUCAUGAAGUCCUUGAAUACCAUUGCGCUUCUAUGUAUUGACCAAUUUCAGAAACAUGCUUUUCUGGAGCACUUGAGUUUCGAAUUCAUCAAUGCAACAAUCAAGUACCUCGAGUGUCGUGCCUUGUACGACCAGAUAUUAUACCUCGGCAAGUUAAUAUCGCAUCUAGUUCGUUCGGCGAUGGAUCUUGGUUUGAAUCGCUGGGAAUACUAUGCUGAUCUUGAUGAAGCAUCGGCAGAUACUAAACGCAUAACAUGGUGGAAAUGUUUUUGGUGGGACCAGUUUAAUGCUCUACUACACGGUAAAUUACCACUCAUAGACAUAAACACAAGCAUUUGCCUCUUUCCUAAAUGCCUGAUGGCCAUGGGGCUAGAAGAAUCGACGAGUGUCCGUGGCAUGGUGGAAAAGGCUGCCACAGAAAAGUGCAGCUCCGACUCGCUGCGGCUUUGGGCUUGGGUAACUAUGGGGAAAGUUAUUAAUGAGCUCUACCGAUCGACACUUUUCUCGCGGAAGUACACAAACUACUUACCAGUAGGAAGCACUGAACAAGCUGAACGAAUGAAAGAACUAGUAAUAGACUACCAUAGCCUAACAGAGCUACUCGAUUUGUUUAACUCAAAGAUCGAAAAAUUGAGGAGUCGUUUGGACAUGAGUACACUAAUCUCGAUUGGCUAUUUCAACAUAGGCUGCCUGUUAUCCUUUGAAAAAUUACUUGCACGGUUUGCAAAAGUGUGUCCACUGCCACAAGAUCUGCAUACAUGUAUUCGGGACUGUAGUAAACGUUAUACUGCUUGCUCGAGAAAUUCAUUAGCGCGCAGUGAGAUGGCUUUUUCCGCUUCACUGCUAUCUUCAUAUUUUCCAUGCUUUAUCACUGCAUAUUUUGCCAUCGUUAAUCAUUUUGUCUUAUCCAGCGAAACUGGUUACCGAGCUAAUGACCUGAUGUUGAUUUGCCGUUUUUCCCGGACGCUCUUUCUCUUUGGGCACGAUGCUGACGAUCUAAGUAAGAUCGAGAAAGAGGAUCAUAUGGAUCUUGGCUUGCGAGAGAGCCUUUCGCUAUUGGCGCUCACAAUGGCCAAACUAUGUCUGCAGGUUCACGUUAACCGUGUGGGCCGCGAUACAACCUUUUCUUCACUUGACCUUGCUCUCUGUGGUUUCUGCUCAGAACUAUUGGAACUCUCUUCAAAUAUCUGGCAGGCAUACAACUACCCAACCCGCAAGACACAUUAUAACAUUGCUAUACAUCAGUACUUUGAGAAUCACAAAAUUGUCGAUCGAAAGACUGAUUCCGUGGGUACACAAAGCCCCAAAGCAGCAGAAGAAAAUGUAGGUUUGCCGAUAUUCAACAACGAGUAUCUUGACUUUGGCGCCGUUGACUUUCUGGCAUUGUUUGGCCAAAAUAUGGACGAUAUCCCAUAUCCGUCAUUGGGAUCGCUGUGA